CAGUAUUCCCGCCUGCAUUGGUAGCAUGAUGAUUAACAGCAAGCAACUGGACAGUGAGAGCCCUGUCUCCAUCUUUGCUGUGAAUAAAUGCUAUGUAACAGCGCAGGAGGGCACUUUUUUUGAUGGGAGUGGCUUUGCUGCUCUUGUCAGAGAAGGCUACAAAGUCCGAUCUGAUGUGAACAUCACACUGGAGUUUCGUACGAGAGCAGUACAUGGUGUCCUCCUUGGGGUCAGCAGUGCUAAGGUUGAUGCCGUUGGACUGGAGAUGGUAAAUGGCAAGGUUUUAUUCCAUGUCAACAAUGGAGCUGGGAGAAUAACAGCUACCUAUGAACCAAGAGGUACAGAUAGUUUGUGUGAUGGAAAAUGGCACAAGCUUCAAGCAAACAAAAGCAAACAUCGCAUUUCGCUGAUAGUAGAUGGGAAUUUGGUUGAAACUGAUAAUCCCUAUAUCCAGUCAACAUCUGCAGAUACAAACAAUCCAAUUUAUGUUGGAGGCUAUCCUGCUGAUGUGAAGCAAAACUGCCUCACAAGCAAGAGCUCAUUCCAUGGUUGUUUGAGGAACCUCAUGUUGACCAAGGGCCAACAGGCAGAAUUGUUUGACUUCAGCAGAGCUUUUGACCUGCGUGGAGUCUUUCCUCAUUCCUGCCCUCAGGCUGAGCACUGAACUGCAGCAAAGCCCAUCUGGACUGAGAGAGUUUUUUUUCUUUUCUUUUUUUCUCCUUUUUUUUUUGUUUGCUUGUUUUGUUGAUCUGUUAUUUUUUAUUCUCAUUUUGUAAUGGAAAGAAGAACUGAUGAAAGCCUGUGUCUCUUUGUUUUUCUGGCUGUUUUCCAA